GUGGACAUCGAACUUUCGCCAGACACUGUGAAUCGAGAAAACGACCUUACACACCCCUGCUAUGGCUAACUUUUAAGUGGACUGUACCGCGUGAAGAUCAAGGAUUGAAAAUGUUCUCAUUUGCAUUGAAAAGGCACUUCAAUCCCUGUGUGGGUCCGUCAUGGCGAUCUCUGCAGUGGCUACUCAGUGGGUCCAGCUGCAUGGUGAAGAGGGAAUGUUUUUACACCAGUUCCAACCCCUUGUUGUCUCCACAAGUUCCCACGGCAACGUCACUACUGUUCCCGAGACUAGCCUCCUCCAGGCUUCUGAGCCUCAGGUCCCUAAGCUUCUCUGCCUCUUUGCUCUGCCAGGGUCACCCCGUGCCCACGGCCCCUGGGAGAAGACAGGAGAACCAACAGCGCCUCAGCAUGAAAGCCCUGGCCUAUGCGCCCAAGCCUGCUUUGUACCUCGGCUUCUCCGGCCUCCUUCCAUUCCUAGGUGCCCCCCUCCUGAUGGCUGUGACCCAGUCCUACCUCCCUGAGGUGGCCUACGCCCAGGUGGUCUACGGGGCUUCAAUCGUGUCCUUCCUGGGUGGGGCCCGCUGGGGCUUUGCCCUGCCUGAGGGGAGCCCUGCCCAGCCCGACUGGAUGAACCUUGGCAACAGUGUAGUGCCCUCCCUGCUGGCCUGGCUGGCUCUGCUCUGCAGAGACAACAUCACAGAGGGAGCCCUUUUGGUCAUCAUGGGGCUGGGCCUGGCCCUGCACUAUGACCUCACACUGCUGCCUGGUUACCCCAGCUGGUUCAAAGCCAUGAGAACCAUACUCACUCUGGUGGCUACCUUUUCCCUGGUGGCCACACUGACAUUGCAGAAGAUGUGCCCGGAGAAGAAGAUCAAGGCACAAGAGAAUUGACUAGGAUCUGGACCUCCUCCUUGUCCGCCUCGCUCAUCCAUCCAGAGAACAGAACAGAAAAGUAGCGGCUUGCUGGCAGCCAGGACCAGCUUAUGGACACUGAACACCCGGCCUCCCAGCAGUAGCCUGACGUCACAGAAGUCUGCCCGGAGACGCAUCUUAUUCAUCUGGGCCAGGAUGCGGUCCGACACAAACAGUGCCUGCUCAGGGGACUGGGUCGUCACACCAGCUGCAGAUAUGUCACCGCCACCGCAGACCCUGCUCCCAGGGGUCUCUGUCACCAGGACAGAGACAGGGGUGGUGUCACAGAGACUGUUCACACAUACUACUGGACUCUAGGGAGAAGAGUACAAGAAACACGAAAGAUGACACAAUCUCAAACAUAUACAUAUAUGUAACAUGCUGGUAUAUGAUAACAAACACCAUCAUAAUGAUUCAAGUGCCAAAUAUGUUCUCCUGCUGUUCUGCCUGUUGCUUUUGUCUUCAACUGUGUUUUUGGAUUCUUAUCUCCUUUAAAGUUAAAGUCAUGCAUAUAACUGCAUGUAUCAAUCACCAAAAAGUCCCUUGUCUUUAUAUCAUCACCACCAUCUGAUCUGGUUAUAACUGUAAAUCGGCUCAUGACAACAUCUUUCCUAUAAAGCAAACAUAAUUUAGCUGGCGCGCUACAUUUCUGCGGGUAUGUGAGAGAUGGGGUCAGAUCAUUUUAUUAUUUGAAUGGAAAAUCAUGACAAUCGAAAAUGCUGAAAUGGAACCUUUUCUUCACAAAGAAAAUAUAAUACACCAACCUGCACAGUUUCUUGCUUAGUCGUAUAUAAUAUAUAAUAAUAAUAAUAUAAUAUAAUAAUAUAUAAUAUAAUAUCAAUUUCUCUAGUUAGCUAGCUAGUUACUUGCUGCAGGCAACUUCCACAUACUUUUCUGGAUCGACGGUCUUGAGUUUAAUGACUAGGCCUAAUUAAGCAAAUACCAAACGUCUAAUCACAUCAACACCACUAGACGGCAGCAUUGCCUUUAGUGUGCAAGUGAAACAUCACAAUCGGCAGCAAUAAGGGCCUGGCCCAAAGAUGCUGGAACCAAAAGCCUGCAUUGCUGCCUGCUUGCCUACCAACAUGCAGGUCACAACCAUAGUUAACACAUGAUAAUUCUGCAUGUAGUAGCACUUGGUCAUAAGAGAAGCAAGAAAUGCCUAGUUUGCAAUAUCCCUCCCUAUCUGCAUUCAGUUUGUUAUUGCCUAAGACUGAAAGUGCUGUUGAUAGUUAAAUGGCAGGGCGAAGAAUGAGUGUUUUUAUUUGAGCUGGGCAGGUCAUGGCCUCUUCAUGCACAUAGGGCCAAAUUCAGACUUCAAAUCAAAGUUUAUUUUGUCACUUACACAGAUUAGCAGAUGUUAAAGCAAGUGCAUUGAAAUGCAUGUGUUUUUAUCUCAGGCAGUGCAGUAAAUGUCUAACGGUACAAUACCAAUACACAAAUAUACCCUCCCAAGGAAGAAGAAACAAGAAAUUAAGAAACAUCCGAACGAGCAAUAACAAAACAAGAAAUGUCAGAGUCCGGAAUAUAAAUAUGUGGUGUGUGUAUAGACAAGUUGGACAAUAUAUAAGUAGAGAAAAGGUAUGUACAGCAGUAGUUAUAUAGGAUGAGCUAUGUCGAGAAUACAGUAUGUACAGUGCAUUUAGAAAGGAUUCUAAAAUUGAUUAAAUUAUAUUUAAUGAUCAAUCUACACACGAUACCCCAUAAUGACAAAGUGAAAACAGGUUUAUAGACAUUUUUGCAAAUGUAUAAAAUAAAAAUAUAUAUAUUUACAUAAGUAUUCAGACCCUUUGGUAUGAAACUCAAAAUUGAGCUCAGGUGCAUCCUGCUUCCAUUGAUCAUCCUUGAAAUGUUUCUACAACUUGAUUGGAGUCCACCUGUGGUAAAUUCAAUUGAUUAGACAGGAUUUGGAAAAGCACACACCUGUCUAUGUAAGGUCCCACAGUUGACAACGCAUGUCAGAGCAAAAACCAAACCAUGAGGUCAAAGGAAUUAUCCCUAGAGCUCCGAGACAGGAUUGUGUCGAGGCUCAGAUCUGGGGAUGGGUACCAAAACAUUUCUGCAGCAUUGAAGGUCCCCAAGAACACAGUGGCCUCCAUCAUUCUUAAAUGGAAGAAGUUUGGGACCACCAAGACUCUUCCUAGAGCUGGCCGCCCGGCCAAACCCGAUGGUGACCAAUAAUCUGAUGGUCACUAUGACAGAGCUCCAGAGUUCCUCUGUGGAGAUGGGAGAACUUUCCAGAAGGACAACCAUCUCUGCAGCACUUCACCGAUCAGUCCUUUAUGGUAGAGUGGCCAGACAGAAGCCACUCCUCAGUAAAAGGCACAUGACAUCCUGCUUGGAGUUUGCCAAAAGGCACCUAAAUUACUCAGACCGUGAGAAACAAGAUUCUCCAGUCUGAUGAAACCAAGAAUAAACUCUUUGGCCUGGAUACCAAGCGUCUGGAAGAAACCUGCCACCUUCCCUACAGUGAAGCAUGGUGUUGGGGUAGGUUCCUUGUUCAUUGUCAGUCAUUGGCUUAUUGGUGAAAUCAGCAGUCAGACAAUAUCUUCUUUAAGUAAAUCAAUCAAACCUUUAUUAAUGCAAUUGCAGACAGAAGUUGACAACGGAAACACAGCACAAAUGUUUCAGAGUAAGUUCUGCCAAAUAAAUUGCUUUAAUAUACUUGCAAUUGACCCCUAGUGGUGUAGCUGCCUAUGUCAACACCUUCUACCCAUGAGACCAAGCCCCUGCAUAUACAGUUAUACAAACUUGCAGGAGAAAACAAUAGUCCAGUGUUUUCUAAGGGCUCAGCAGUAAUUUUCCAUUCAUGUGUGGCUUAAAGUGGUAUGUCUGACUUGUCUCUUAUCUAUUUACUCCCCUGCAGGGGUCUGUGUCUAUGUAUCUCUUUAAGCCUUAAGACGCUUUCCAACAGACCUCCUAUUUUGACUGCAAUGGCUCACACAUCUGCUCAGACCGUUUCUGUUAUGCAGGUGAGUGAGGACCCAAAAGCGAUUUAACAGAAACAGAGUCUUUUAAUGUCCAAACAGGGAAAACAUAAAUCCUCAAUCUUUACAGGAGAGUCCCCCUUCUAGUAGUAGAGGAGAAUAGCAGGGCUAGCGGCAACAGACUGCUGGUCCCUCCGGGUAGGCGCGGGCCGUAGAGGACAGAGACACCUGCUCACACGCAGCAUCUGAUGAAGAGGCAGAUUACGACAGGACGGGACAAGGGCAAAGCAAACAAGAAUCCGACAAGGACAGAAGCAGAAACAGAGAGAGAAAUAGAGACUUAAUCAGAGGGCAAAAGAGGGGACAGGUGUGAGAGAGUAAACAAGGUCGUUAGGAGAAUGAGGAACAGCUGGGAGCAGGAACGGAACGAUAGAGAGAGAGAGAGAGAUAGAGAGAGAGAAAGUAACCUAAUACGACCAGCAGGGGGAAACGAAGAGAAGAGAAAGCACAGGGACAAGACAUAACAUGACAAUACAUGACAGUUUCUACAAGAGGCAGAGACUAGAGAAGAACUGUGGAACAGUAUUAAACCUUAUAAUGCAUAUAUUGCUAAUCUGUGGUCCAUGACCCUAUGCAUGUAGUAUAGGGGGAGGGUCUUAUACCUCUUCCCCUUCUAUUAAUACAAUAUAAGCAUAAUCAAUUAUUAUAAUACAUUAAUAAUUUGGUGCAGCCCCUAUCAUGACCCCAAGGUGACCCCCAUCAGCAGCAUCAUGCUGUGGGGAUGGUUUUUCAGUGGCAGGGACCGGGAGACUAGUCCGGAUCGAGGGAAAGAUGAAUGGCGCAAAGUGCAGAGAGAUUCUUGAUGAAAACCUGCUCCAGAGCGCUCAGGACCUCAGACUGGGGCGAAGGUACACCUUCCAACAGGACAAUGACCCUAAGCUCACAGCCAAGACAACGUAGGAGUGGCUUCGUGACACGUCUCUGAAUGUCCUUGAGUGACCCAGUCAGAGCCCAGACUUGAACCUUGAUCGGAUAUCUCUGGAGAGAUCUGAAAAUAGCUGUGCAGCAACGCUCCCCAUCCAACCUGACAGAGCUUGAGAGGAUCUUCAGAGAAGAAUGAGAGAAACUGCCCAAAUACAGGUGUUCCAAGCUUGUAGUGUCAUACCCAAGAAGACCUGAAGCUGUAAUCACUGCCAAAGGUGCUUCAACAAAGUACUGAGUAAAGGGUCUGAAUACUUAUGUAAAUGUGAUAUUUCAGGUUUUAAUUUGAAUACAUUUGCAAUAAAUUCUAAAACCCUGUUUUUGCUUUGUCAUUGUGGGGUAUUGUGUGUAGAUUGAUAAAGGGGGGAAAAACAAUUUAAUACAUUUUAGAAUAAGGUUGUAACAAUAUGUGGAAAAUGUCAAGGGGUCUGAAUACUUUCUGAAUGCACUGUACUUUCUGAAUGCAUUGUAUAUAGUGAGUGAUCAAUUAGUUUAAUUUCUCAGAUCAAAUAAAAUCAACAAAAUAAUGUUGCAGGAAUGCUAAUUGUAUCUUUUUCUAACUACAAUAAACAUUAUGUGAACAUUA